AUGUCAUUCGGGUUCGAGACAACGGGCGAUGAAAUAGUAGACCGUUUCGAAGACCAAGUCAAGGGCAAGACCUUCCUGAUUACCGGUCCAACUCCAGGAGGAAUCGGUGCCGAAUCGGCCCUCUGUCUCGCAAGGGCAAACCCCAGACAUCUGCUCCUGGCCGGCCGCUCGCGACAGAAGAUCCAACCUCUGAUCGACCAACUCCGGGAGACCGACCCGAACGUGAAGACCAGCUUCGUCCCGCUCGACCUCGGGAGCCAAAAGUCUGUGCGGCAAGCCGUCGAGGAUGUCAAGGCACUUCUCGAGGGGGACAAGAUCGACUGCGUGAUCCUCAAUGCCGCCAUCAUGGCGUGCCCGUACGGCGUGACGGAAGACGGCAUCGAGACGCAGCUCGCCACGAACCACCUGGGCCACUUCCUCUUCACCAACCUCCUCCUGAAGAGCGGCCUGAUCGGGUCGCGCGUCGUCAUCGUCAGCAGCUCAGCAUCCGAACGCGCGGCAGAAUACGCUUUCCAGCCUCUGGGCGACAUAUCGUACAGCGACGGCGCCACUUACGACCCGAUGCAAGCGUACACUUUCUCCAAGGCGUGCAGCGUCCUCUACGGAAAGCGACUCGCGAGACUCCUCCACCACAAACACCCGGACGUGGCCGUCUUCAGCCUCAACCCGGGAAGCAUCCGCACAAAUCUGCAAGGCUACAUGAGCGCCGACGUGCGCAGCCGCGCCAUCGACGUCGCCCGACGCUACAACCCGGCCUUCACGAUGCCCGAGCUCAAGACCCUGCAGCAAGGCUGCGCGACCCAGCUCCGCGCGGCGUUGGACCCGACGUUGGCAGUCGAGUCGGGUGCCUACCUCGACGACUGCCAGGUGACGAGGGUGGCCGUCCACGAGGGCCACGAGCGGUACACCGACCAAGUCUGGGAGUUGAGCGAGCGGCUUGUGGGAGAGAAAUUCGAGUUUUAG